AUGUCGCCUUUCCUCCGGAUUGGCUUCUCUAACUUUGAGAUUGAUCCUGGUCUGGCCUACCAUGAGGAGGUGCUGAACCCGUACUGUGCUGUGUACAUGAAGGAGGCCAUCGACACAGAAAAGGGCCAGGUUUAUAAGCAGAAGAAGCCCACUAUGUACCCGCCAUGGAGCACAACGUUUGAUGCUCACAUCCACCGCGGGCGCAUCAUGCAUGUGAUGGUGAAAGACCGGACGGCUGAGCUCAAGUCUGAGGCCACGGUGGCCCUCGACUCUCUGGCAACACGCUGCAAGAAGGAAAAUGGCAAACUGGAGAUUUGGCUGGAGCUGAAGCCACAGGGCCGCCUGCUGAUGGAGGCCAGAUAUUAUCUGGAGAAAAGCGACGCCGUGGGUCAGACUGAUGGAGAACCAGACACUGAACGGGAAAGAGAAGGUCUGUUCGCCCUCCAUCAGAGACGAGGUGCCAUUAAACAGGCCAAAGUUCACGUUGUCAAGUGCCAUGAGUUUAGCGCCACCUUCUUCCCUCAGCCAACCUUCUGCUCCGUCUGUAAAGAGUUUGUGUGGGGUCUUAACAAGCAGGGUUAUCAGUGCAGACAAUGCAAUGCAGCUAUCCACAAAAAAUGCAUUGACAAAGUUAUCGCCAAAUGCACGGGUUCAGCGAUCAACAGCAAAGAAACAAUGAUACACAAGGAGCGAUUUAAGAUUGACAUGCCCCACAGGUUUAAAGUCUACAACUACAAAAGCCCCACCUUCUGUGAACACUGUGGCACUCUGCUGUGGGGGCUGGCCAAGCAGGGGCUCAAAUGUGAGGAAUGUAGCAUGAACGUCCACCAUAAAUGCCAGAAGAAAGUAGCCAACCUGUGUGGAGUCAACCAAAAACUGAUGGCUGAAGCCCUGGCCAUCAUUGAGAGCAAACAGCAGGCCAGAUGCAGCCGAGACUCUGACAUUAUCAGCCGAGAAGGUCCAGUCGGCGUAGGCCAGUCAGGAGUGGUUCGAGCGCCAUCAGGGAUAAUAAUGGGUUUACCAGCCACAGCGACACCUGCAAACAAAGAGAUGCAGGGUGUUUCAUGGGAGGGACCAUCAGACACCAGCAGGCCGCUCACUGAGGAGCUGGAAGGGGAAGAGCCUCUGUACGCUGUUCCCAGGAAGGACCACCAAUCCAAGUUCACUGUUGAUGACUUUGUCCUGCACAAGAUGCUUGGGAAAGGCAGCUUUGGCAAGGUGUUUCUAGCAGAACUGAAGAAGAGUGGGCAGUUCUUUGCAGUGAAGGCUCUGAAGAAAGAUGUGGUUCUAAUGGAUGAUGAUGUCGAGUGCACCAUGGUGGAGAGGAGGGUCCUGUCUUUAGCCUGGGAAAAUCCCUUCCUCACACAUCUUUACUGCACCUUCCAGACAAAGGAGAACUUGUUCUUUGUGAUGGAAUAUCUGAAUGGAGGUGAUCUCAUGUUCCACAUACAAUCCUGCCACAAGUUUGACUUGCACCGAUCCAUUUUUUAUGCAGCUGAAAUCAUCUGUGGGCUCCAGUUCCUGCACUCUAAAGGAAUCAUUUACAGGGAUCUGAAGCUGGAUAACGUCUUGUUGGACUCUGAAGGACAUAUAAAAAUAGCAGACUUUGGCAUGUGUAAGGAAAACAUGCAAGAGGACUCCCGGACCUCCACCUUCUGUGGAACACCUGACUACAUUGCUCCUGAGAUCCUUCUGGGUCAGAAGUACAGCACCUCAGUGGACUGGUGGUCGUUUGGCGUGCUGCUGUACGAGAUGCUGAUUGGUCAAUCUCCAUUUCACGGCCGUGAUGAAGAGGAGUUGUUUCAGUCCAUACGAACUGAUGACCCUGUUUAUCCACGCUGGUUAACCAGAGACGCCAAAGACAUUCUGAUCAAGCUGUUUGUGCGGGAGCCUGAGGAGCGUCUGGGAGUGAAGGGUAACAUCAGGCAGCACAGUUUCUUCAGCAGCACCGACUGGAAAGCACUGGAGCAGAGACAGGUGGCACCUCCCUUCAAACCAACUUUGACGUCACCCAGUGACUGCAGUAACUUUGACAAAGAGUUCAUCAACGAGAAGCCGCGGCUGUCGUGCGCUGAUCGGACGCUCAUCAACAGUGUUGACCAGACAAUGUUCAAAAACUUCUCCUUUGUCAACCCGGGGAUGGCACAUGUCACAGGACGCUGACCAACAACCUCCUACCAACUACCUACAAACAAGCCGCUUCAGUCACAACCAGCACUUAAACACAACCAGACUGGAGACAGCGAAUGUCACAGGAUUCAACUGCAUCUACAAACAGGAACAUAACUACUGAGGGAGUGUCCAGGGUGUACGGCACAAACACAUAACUGACAGGAGCGUUACUGUAUGUGUUUUACACCUCAUUUUUAUGUAACAUUCACACAUCAUUUUUUUUAAAAAAAGCAAAACAACAAAAAAAUAUUUAAUCCAAGUCAAACGGCAACGAUAUUAAGAUUAUUCACAAAGAAAGCAGUGUUCACCAUAAUGUCUCAACUAUUAAAAGUAUGUAAUUAAAAUGACUUGCUCUUCAUAGUAUUCAUCUCCUCAACUUGCUUUUGUGCUCAUCAGGAUGUGCUGCCAAUAGAAAAUGUGCUUGUAAAUAAUUUAUGGUGCCUCGUAACACUCCAAGCAAAUCAAACUAGAAACAUUUAGUUACACUGGAUGUAUCUUUAUCUUUAGGCCAAACCGUCCUGUUAUUUCUUUGUUUUCCAUCUCUGAUCAUAAUAGCAUACCAUCCAUUACCUCAUGUUUAGGUGCAAAUGCAACAAAUGCAUUUUAAUGGUCUGUUGACAUGUAAAUAACUGUAAUGUAAUUCUGUUGAUAUAGUGUCAGAGGGGAUUCAUUUGUCCAUGUGUAGCAGAGGUGAAUAUUAGGGUUUUGUUUAUGUAACUUAUAUCUGAUUCAUAGAUUGAUGAAAAAUGUUUUUAAUGUUCUCUUCAGAUCACUGCAAAAUGGUUGUUUUUAUGGUUGUUGUCAUUGUGAAUUCUGUACAAUAAAAUGUUUGUUUUUUUAA